CUUCCUGCCCUGUUGCCGGAGAAUGCUUCCCAGCAAAAAAUAGAGCACCAGGGAUGUAAGAAGAAAAAGGGAGGUGGUGGGGGAGAGAGGAGGAGGAGGAGGAGAUGGAGGAGGAGACAGAAGGCAGGGCCACGGGGGGGGGACUCUCGUGAUGCCCCUGCUUUUCUUCUCGUGCCCCCUGUGUUGACUAACAGUCUGGCUUUGGGACGACACUGAGCUCAGACACCGUCGUCGAGAGGCAGCUCCUGUCAUUGUUCAAAAGAAGAAGGUGGUCCCUCCAUCACACUCGUCCUCACCUGCCAUCUGUCCAGAGGAAGACUCAUCUCACCAGGGCCUCUGACAUGGAGCCUCUACCUCUUUAGAAGCAGCCGCCCAGAUAACCCUCAAGCAGAACAGCAGUGACUUCACCUUUUCACCUCCACCACCUCCUCAUCUUGAACCCUCUCUCCUCCCUCUCUGAUCUCUGUGUCUCAGGUGUGUGUGUGCUAGGCCUGUGAGCAGCAAUGGGGGACUGGAGUCUCCUGGGGAAUUUCCUAGAGGAGGUCCAGGAAAACUCCACUUCAGUCGGGAAGGUCUGGCUCACCAUCCUCUUCAUCUUUCGCAUCCUUGUGCUCGGCACAGCCGCCGAGUCCUCCUGGGGCGACGAGCAAAGCGACUUCCUGUGCGACACUCAACAACCGGGUUGCACCAACGUGUGUUAUGACAGCGCCUUUCCCAUCGCCCACAUCCGUUACUGGGUGCUGCAAAUUGUUUUCGUCUCCACGCCAUCCCUCAUCUACAUGGGGCAUGCCAUGCACACGGUGCGCAGGGAGGAGAAGCUGCGGAGGAGGGAGCAGGAGGAGAGGGAAGGGGGAGGUGAUGGUGAAGGAGACCUGGAGGGGGAGAAGGAGUACUUCCAGCAGAAGGAGAGCGGGAAGCAGUUGGGAACUGUAUCUAAUGGGAUUGGUCGUAUUCGCCUGAGAGGAGCGCUACUGCAGACUUACGUCCUAAGCAUCUUGAUCCGUACAGUAAUGGAGGUGACGUUCGUCGUGGUGCAGUACAUGAUCUAUGGGGUGUUCCUCAAAGCACUGUAUCUGUGCAAGUCAUGGCCCUGCCCCAACCCUGUCAACUGCUACAUGUCCCGGCCAACAGAGAAGAACGUCUUCAUCAUCUUCAUGCUGGUGGUGGCCGGCGUGUCUCUGCUGCUCUCUAUUUUGGAGCUCUACCACCUCGGCUGGAAGAGCAUGCAAAGGUGCGUACGCAGGAAAGUUAUACAGAGGAACAACCAGAGAGCUGUGACAGUGGCCGCAUCUGCAGCCUUGGAGCAAAUCGGCCCGCCGAGGCCCCCAGCCACCUGCACCCCACCCCCUGACUUCAGCCAGUGCCUGGCAGCACCAAGCUCCAUGAACCCCAUGACCUCCAUGGCCUCGCAUCCCUUCAACACCAGGAUGGCGCUGCAGCAGAACUCGGUCAACUUGGCCACCGAGCGGCAUCACAGCUGCGACAACCUGGAGGACGAGGAGGACUUCCUGAGGAUGAGGUACGACCAGGCACCCAUGGAGAUGCCCAACAGUUGCUCCCCAUCCCCCAAGCUGCACUCCGGCUACAUGAAGGACAAACGCCGCUUGAGCAAGACCAGCGGGAGCAGCAGCCGGGCUCGCCAAGAUGACCUGGCAGUGUAGAGAGAGUGUGGAAAGACUGGCUGACAAGGAAGAAGAGGAGGGCGGGGUGGACCUUUAGAACCAAGAUAAAGUGACUUGUGAAAGUUUUAUUUCUGAAUGAAGAAGAACUGACUAACUACGCAAACUCUGGCAUUUGGGCCUGACACUUAGCAGUCGGGCCUACAGACUGUAGAAGGCUACAGAAGAUGGACUGAAAAGCCACAUUAUGAAGGCACACUGAGAUCUGUGAGUGGACCAUGUGAACUUGACGUGUGAAAGCUCUGUGAGCAGAGACAUUUAAAAAACAAAAAACUGAUAACCAAACUGCAAAAGGAAAACAAUGUUGAAAUGAGAACAGGGUAACAGGUGUGAUACCUGUGACUAUUGCACAUUUUUAUGUUUUACCAUAAAAACUAACGGAGUGAAAGAGACCAGAAUGGCGUGCUGCAUGGCGCUUGGUGUGAGCGGACUUAGGGAAUCGUUCAUGAUAAAACAAACUAUUACACACAUCUCAACUAUUCAAUUAAUUCUGGAUCAGCCUGUGAAUUUAACAAUCAACAGUUACACAAUGCAAAGAAAACAGAAACUUGAUGUACAAUAAACUGUGAAGCUUGCUGCAUAUUUGCAGUGAAUGAAGGUUAAGUGCCUUAUGAAAUAUAUAGAUUAAGAAAACAUCAAUUUCCAACACUCAAUUUCCAACACAUGGCUCUUGGAACACUGGUUCCAAGAGCCAUGUAACUUUUAAUGAAGCCGCUUGUUGACCUGGUAACCUGAUUGCACUACACAGCACCUGCAGGUCAACAAACGAAAAUGUUACUGAAGAAUAAUAAUCUGAACGAGUGUGUGUGAAACUUUAUUCAUUAUUCAUAUGUUAGACAGGGGCCUUGUGCAGAGGUGGUAGAGAGAAUGUAGCCAGUUAAAGGAAAAGAGAAGGUCCUGCAUGGGCGGCGGUUAAGAGAUGAUCCAGCCACACGGUGGCAACCUUGCACUAAUGUUUUUCACUUGUUUUCCUCCUGGAGCCAUUGAGCAUAUACUGAAUUUGUCCCUAUGCAAUGUAUGUUUUGGUCAAUUUCUUUGAAUGUGUUUCAUUUCAUUUCUGUUGUCUGUUCUUAUUGUUUGCAGUUUGUGAAUGAACAUCCUUGCAAAUGGAGGUUUUUACAUUUUAUCCUACAUAUCCACACAAUAAUCAUUCUGCUAAGAAACCAGAGAUCUAGAUCAGUCUGCUGUGCGCUCACUGCAGUUGUUUCACAGACAUCUAUGCAACAAAUGUCUUCACUAACCCAUCGCAACUCAUUAAAUCAUCAACUGUCAAA